GUCUCCAGACAGCCAUUGCUUAACUUUCCGUCAAAGGAUAAAGAAACGGAGAUAAUUUUAUGAAAUGCUUAGUUUUAUUUCAGAAUGAAGAUAAUUUAAAUUUUCUUUAAAAUGGUAUGGGAAUCUUUUGUAACAUGAACCAAAUAUGGAUUUCAACUUUAAUAUUCCAAAAAUCAAAAGACAAGCCACAAAAGAUAAUUUAAGGAGUGUAGCAGUAAAGGGUAGAGAUGCACAAGAUGUGUUGGACAAUUUGCAGAGAUCAUUCCUGGACAGGAAUUUCAAAGCAAACUGGGAGGUUACAUCGGUCUGUUUGGUGGAAAAUAAAAUCUUAGAGGAUGCAUAUAGAACCAAGAGAAAUGAAAUGAAAGAAGAUGGACGACAUUCCAGGGAGUUGGCUGAACAGUAUGCUUAUGUUAGUAUGAAAGAUCCAAAGAUUUCACAAAAAGUGGCACAAGAUGGAUUAAAAACAAGAGAAUUAAAUAACAAUUCAUUGGGUAACAGUAAGUUUGGUGUGUAUCUGUGUAAGCAUGCUGAUGUCCAGCUUGGUCUGUUUGACACUUCUGGUCAAGAAACUUGUCAGCUGAUGAUUUUUAAGGUCACCUUGGGGAAGAGUAAAGUGAUGAACUUACAACCCACAAUGAGUGUAGAACCUACUCCAAACUAUGACUCACAUAUCAACCAACUUAAACCAUCUCCUAUGGAUGUAAUUAGUAUACAGAAUCACAGAUCACAGAUAUACCUGUAUGAGUAUGAUGAUGACUGUGAACCAGUACAAAGACCACGACAAUGUCUUCCAUAUGCUCUCAUCACAUAUACAAAGAUAAAAGAGGUCCCUUCGACUCCAUUGAGUGGAGCUAGUGCCAGCAAAUACAACAGACCCUACAAACCUACAGAAGUCAAGGUCACAGAAACAAGUGAGCUGACCUCGAUUCCUGUUCUACUUAACCGUAAUAUGACUGAAGUACCUCCUUUAAAAAUAACGUCUGCUCCUUCAUUCAUUAAAAAUCCAAAACACCAUUUAAGUAAACAAGAGAGGAGGGAAUUAUUUGAAAGACAACAUGCUGAAUCACUUAGACGACAAUCGCAGGAACCAAGGCCUUCCACUGAAUCUUAUGAAACAAACAAAAUCUAUUAUACAAAUACUGAUUAUUCAAAAACUCAAACACGUCAAGAUCCGAGAAUGAAAAAUACACCAUUUGUCCCGCCACAGCCUGCAAACAUUGUAAAACAACAACCGUCAACAAAUGCCAUGGACCCAAGAAGAAUAUCAAAUGAGAGACCUAAUAGAAGUAUGGGAUACCAGAAACAAUUGUCUGUUAAUAUUCCACGACAACGCCACAUGUCUAGUGGCAGCCCAUCUCCUGAUGGGGAUAUAAGUGAUGCUUUAACAGAUCUUAUUGUUAAAAAUCAAGUAAAAGUAGAUGCAUUCGGUAGACCUGUUUUGGCCAUACCAAGCCCUGUUAAAUCUGAAGAGGAAAAAAUGCAAGCAAUAAAUCAAAAGUUUGCAGAAGAAAUUCAAAAACAUUUACAAAUGACUGGUCCUAUUGAUGUACCUAAAACAACAAUGGAGGAGGACUACACUCCUCAGCCAAUGGAAAUUGAGAGUUCUGAAUCUCUGGAGGACAGUAAACAGGAUAAAAAUGAUAUGUUAGAAUUUGACAGUAAAAUUUCAGAACUUUUAAAUGAAGCUAGUUUGAAACCCAUUGAAAAUGUGGAAAUAAAGACCCAAGAGGGUACUGAAGUCACCAAAGAAAGUGGAAACGAAAAGCCUUUGGAUGAUUCUGACGAUGAAUUGCCAACAUUGAAAAGGCCAAAAGCUAAGACUAUAGAUACUUCAACUGUAGAGGAAGAUGACGAUGAUGAAAAGUUAAUUAUUGCUGAUAUGGAUGUUGAAAGUAAAAAACUGGAAGUGCUUGAAAAAAGAAAAAGCCAUGAAGGAUCUCUUGAGAAAGAUCUACUUACUUUCGUUAGUCGAGAAGACAUUAAGAAAAAAGAUUCAGGCUUGGAUAAUUCAAAAUUACAAGAAGAGCAGAGUAAAUUAAACAAGAAAGAAGAAAAAGACAAAAAUAUAAAUAUAGUUGUUGUAAAAGAAGAAACUAUGAGUAAAGAGGAACAAAUGAAGAUGCAAAGGGCGAAAGUUCUUAAAGAAGUCCAGAGUAUGUUGGAAAAGACCAAAGAAAAAUCUGUUGAUAAAACUGAUGAUGCCAUAAAAAAUGAUAAUGAAAUAUUGCAAAAAGAUUCAAGUAAAGAGGAAGAAAAAGGGACUGAAGCAGAGCUACAGACUGAAGACAAAAAAGAUAGUACUUCAAAAAAUGAAGUAGGAAAUUUAUCAAGUGAAUAUAUAGACUAUGAUUUAAGUACCUUCAGUUCUGAUUCUGAUAACGAAAGUGUUAGAUCUGACGAUAGUAGAUCAAGUCAUUCUAUACCACAAACCUAUUCAAGAUCACCAAUUUACGAUGACAGCCCAAUGAAAGAAGACCAAAGAGGUCCAUACAAUGUGCAAACGAGUCCAUAUAAAAUGUCCAAAUCAGACUCAUGGGUUAGCAGAGAUUUAUAUAAUGCUUAUCCUGAAAGAGUCCAACAACAAGGAUUAGACAAUAGACCAGAAGAUAGAAAUCAGACUUGGUCACAACCCAUGCAUAGAGAACAGAUAAAUCAGCCACCUCCACCUGGACAUCAAAAUCAGCAACCACAUCCCAGCCAUCAUCAUUAUCAAACACCAGUUUCUAGUCAUCAUCAGCCACCCAUACCAGGCAAGCAUCAAACACCAAUUUACAGUCAACAAAAUCAGCCAUUUAUACCAGGUCAACAAAAUCAACCACAUUUUACUAGUCAUCAAAAUCUGCCACCCGGACAGCAAAUGAUUAGGCCACCAAUGCCUGGCCAGCAGAAUCAACAACCUUUUCCAGGUCAACAAAUGAUAAGACCACCAAUGUCCAACCUGUCUCCUGUACCUAACCAACAUAUGAUAAGGCCCCCUAUGCCAAACCAGUCACCUUCUGCACCUCACCAACAUAUGAUAAGGCCCCCUAUGCCCAACCAGUCGCCUUCUGGACCUAACCAACAGAUGAUAAGGCCUCCAAUGCCCAACCAGUUGCCUUCUGGACCAAACCAACAGAUGAUAAGGCCUCCAAUGCCCAACCAGUCACCUUCUGGACCAAACCAACAGAUGAUAAGGCCAUUAAUGGAUUUUCAGCACUUUGAAGGACAGUCCUAUCAACCUAGGAGACAUGAUGAUCCUAGAAAUUAUUCCUCACAAUUUCCUGUGAAAUCUAGAUCAGACACUGAUAUGGUAUAUCCACCACACCAUUCACAGCAUCCUCAAGGUCACCUUCCAAGUCCUUUUAUGCAGGAUACAGACUACAGACAACAACCAAAUAUGAACUUUUUAAAUGUUCAAGACAUGGAUCAUAGGCAACAGUCACUCAUUGAUGUGAAUCCAGAAACUGGUGAUGUUGAUUAUCGUAGAUUGAAUCCAGUAAAACAACCACAGAGCCAACCACCAAAUACUCCAGACACCAGGAACCAGUUUCCACCUAAUCCUAAUAUGCCAUUUAAUUCUCCACCAUUACAUGUAAAUAUGCCUCCUCAUCCUUCACCUCAGCAUUAUAGUCCAGAGGGAGCCACUCAACAGUAUAAUCCCAAUAAUCAGGGAAUGCUGAGUCCUCCUCGUACAUCUAGCUGGGGUAAAACAGAAACUAUUGGUUUAACCUCACCUUCCAAAGAGAAAAAGAUUUCAUUAACAGCUUAUAAAGCAAGGAGGAAAAGUCCAAUUAGAGAUGGUAGUUUUGAAGGUCAAUUCCCAACCUUUGAUCUGGAUGUGAAUAACCUAAAAAACAUCUUAAAAACAGUAAAUGUUGUUUCUGCUCUCAAGAAAGACUUUGGUGAAUCUGAGAGUGGGGAUUCCAUUGACGGAAGAGCACAGAGAUAUAUUGAUGAUGUUACCAAAGUAAGUCCGUCAAACAUCAAACAUACAGGAAAACUGGCUUUUUUGAAUGACGUUCAAGAUGAUGAUGGACUAUUUAAUUGUUAUGGCGGUGAGAAGAUACCAGGGAUAUCUCCUCAAAAUAUAACGUCAGGACCAAUAAGUAUUUCAUCUAUACUUGGUACCAAUGUUGACAUGAAGAAAUUUGAUGUGGAUAUGAGGCAGGACCAAAGACCUGACAUCCUGGAUGCUCAAGGAACUCCCUUAAAGAAAUAUUACGGCAAAUAUCCAUGGGAAGAAUUGCAUGUACCUUCACCUGCUCAUGAUAGAGAGAACGAUCCUUCACCAGUUAGCACCACUUCUGGUAAAAUGACACCUCCAUCCAGCUGUUCAUCACCGAGGGGAGGAAAGAAGAGAAAAGUAAAGUCAGGAAUGAUGGGUUAUGUGAAGAGAAAGAAAAGGAAAAAGAAGAAAAAUUUGUUUGACAAUGUAUCUGAUAUCACAGGUGAAACUGGGAGUGUUGCCUCAUCUGACUGGAAGAGUAGUAUAGAAGAUUUAGGACGAGUAAGAGUAAUGUCCCUUGAGGAAGUUGGCCUAAACCAUUGGACUGAUGCCAUUAACCACCCAUCUUUUCAACCAAGAGUAGUAUUAAAAAGGGAAAAAGAAGCAGAAAUUGGUGCAGCAAAGAUUGUAGAAAGCAAUGAACUAAAAUCUGAAAAAGAAGCUUUAGAUUCUCAACCAGAGCAAAAGAAUACUAUGGUUAGACAAUGGGUAGAAACAUCUCACAAGAAAAUUAAACUUAUUACAUUGAAACGAACUAAAGAGGAAGAAACAGCAAAGAUUGAAAAGCCUACUAUUUUGGAGGAUGUUAUAGAUAUUGAUGGUUUAGUAGAGAAACAGAUAGCUCAAGACAUGGCCAAAAGUGAUGAUGCCAUGUCAAUCUCAUCAUCAAGUGAUAUAAUCUAUCACAAACCUGGACCAAAGUGUAGCAAAAAGCCAUCAUUGGCUGGGACACAUCAAUCAAUACCAGUUCUCAGUAAGAGAAAAGUUUUACCAACCCAACCAGUUAGUGAUUCAAUGUCAGGUACAAUACCAAAAAGUCAGGAUCAAGUGUAUCUGCAGUCAUCUCAAGGUCAAGGUCAUAGAGCAGUACCACCAUAUCCUAUAGUUACUAAUAUUUCUAUUCCACCACCAGUUGUUUAUAGUACAUCAUAUCCUCCACUAUCUUCUUAUCCAGUGCCAUCAUAUUCAAAUCAAAGUCACAGACAGCAAGGUCAAGGACAAAUGAAUUCCCCUUUGCCUGUGGCGCCGCCAUUUCAGUAUCCAAAGUCAUCCAUGGGUAAUCUUGUAUCCCAGCAUCCACAUUCAACCUUUGGACAAACAGAUUUUAGUCAGCCACCACCUCGAUUGCCAUCUGCACCAUAUCCACCAAAACCUGUGGUAGGGACACAUGUCAGUAGUACAACUCCACAAUCCACACUUCAUUCAUCCGCACCUCCAAGUCAUCCAUCAUUGACAACCAAUCAACAAAUACAGCAUCCUGCUAGUCAGCAUCAACAAAAUCAUCAAUCAACAACUCCUAGUCAUGUGAGCAUUACUCAUCCUGCAGAAAUCAGAAAUCCAUUGCAAAAUCAUCCAGGACAACCUCGUAUACUUUCUCCCGGCAUCCGUCCAAUUGUGGCACAGGCAAAUUUUCUUAAUCGUCCAAGAUUGUCACUGUAUACACCACAAUCUGUGCCAGGAUCAAGUGAACCACAGACAACAACAGUAGUUACUACCUCAGUAUCGUCAAAUCUUGUAGAGUUGUCUACUCCUACAGGUUCAAAGAGACCAUCAGAUUUGGCAGAUUGGUUUGCAGAUAAGUUGAAUCCUAAAGCAUCUCAAGAUACUGUUAAUGAUCCAAUUACAAAACUAGAAGGCAGUACUGUUAUAAAGCCAAAAGAAGGAACCUUGAGGGAAGAACUUGAAAAGUUGAGAAAGAACAAGCUUGAGGAAAAAGAAGACCCCAAAAAAAGAAAAUCUAGAUCUAAAUCGAAAGAAAAAUCACCUCAGUUAAAAACUAAAAAGAAAAAAAGAAAUCAAAGCAGUGAUAAUAAUAGUGACAUAUUUGAAGAUUCAGAAAAUGAUUCAAAACGAAGCUUGUCUAGUUACUCCCCAAGUAGUAUAGGAAGUAGUAGAAAAAGAUCACCAGAAUAUAGACGUAGGUGGCCAUAUGAUUCUCCAGAUUCAAGAAGAAAAUACAAUUAUUCACCAAGAAGGAGAAGGUCCCGCACAAAAUCAAAUUCAAGGUCACGUUCUAGGUCAAGAUCACAAUCUAGGUCAAGGACUUAUUAUAGAAGAUCAAGAUCUAGGUCAAGCUCACAAAACAAAACUGGAAAUAAGGUUCGCAAAUCUCCAAGAAGAAGAAGUGAUUCAACAGAUGGAAAAUCUAAGGACCUUGAAAAAAAUGUUUCAAACAAUAAUUCAACUGUAGGAGAAAUGAAUAGAUCUGAUUCUAUUAGAGCAAAAAGGAGAUCUAGUACAUCACCUGAUCAAUCAAGGAGAAGGAGAACUCCAGAAUCAUAUAGAUCAAGAAGAUUGAGUAAUUCUCCAGAAAGGUGGAAGAGAGGAAGGUCACCACUGAAGAGGUCAAGUAGUUCUCCUGAUAGUAGACAAGGGAAACGAUCUCCAGAAUAUAAUAGAUUUAGAAACAGAAUAAGAUACACCAAUUCACCAAGAAGAAGUGUCUCGCCUAGACGCAAAAGUAUAUCACCAAAAAGGAGAACAUUUGAAUCUAAUCGUAUUUCACCUCAAGUCAAAGGUAAAUCACCUAGGCGUAGAAGUAUUUCACCUCAAGUCAAAAGUAAAUUGCCUAAGAGUAAGAAUAUAUCACCAAGACGUAAGAGCAUUUCUCCAAAAAGGCAAAGAAAUCCUUUGCCAAAACAAAUUAAUACUUUAGAAUCAAAAUCAUUAGGAAAUACUGAGAAGGUAUCUAUUGAAAAAGACAGAGAAGUAGAGAAUCCUGCAGAUACUAAUAAUGAGGUUAUCAUACCAAAUGAAGCACUUUUAAUACCGUUUUUGAAGGCUCCAUUAACACUGGCCAGUCAACGUGUACAGUUAUCAACAGAAGAGACUAAAUGGACCAAUUCUAACUUUACAGAAUACACAAUUGAUCAAAUCACAGAAGAAGAUCAGAAAUUACAAGAAGAACUUGAAAGCCUGGAAGAACAGAAGAAACUUCUAGAACAAGAAGAUAAGAAAAUGAAGGAAGAAAUAAUGAAAAAAGAAGAUGCAAGAAUUAGGAAAGAAUUGAUUGAAUUAGAAAAACAAAAGAAAAUAGCUGAAGAAUUGCUUGAAUUGCAAAGGCAGAGAGAAUUUGCAGAAGAAUUAGUUGAAUUAGAAAGACAAAAGAAACUUGCAGAGGAAUUAAUAGAAUUAGAAAAACAAAGAAAAAUUGCAGAGGAACUUGUAGAAUUAGAGAAAAAGAAAAAAACAGCUGAAGAAAUUGAAGAACUAAAUAAACGAAAACAACAAUUAGAAAAAGAAGUAGAGAAAUCAACAAUGGUAGAUAUAUUAUCAGAGGAAAAGAUAGACGUAUCAAUUGACAAUGAUAAGAUGAUAUCAGAUGAGUUAGACGAACUGGCUCAACAGAAAGAGAAGCUUCAAAAGGCAUUAGCUGCCCUUGAAAAUAUAGACAAAGAUUCGGAUGUGUGUGAAAUUGAUUCAUCAGGUUUGGAGGACGGAGAAAUUGAGGAUGACUCUGAAGAUGAGGAAAAGAAAGAUGAAUCUAAACCUGGAGAGGAUAAACACAAUCCCAUUAGAAUUAACUCUGUAAUAGAUUUAACUGACAGACCACCUUCAAGAGAUAAAAGAUCAUUACCUAAGGAUUUGAAACAGUCACCUUCAAGAGAGAGACGAGAAUCUUCAACUGAAAGAAGAGAUUACAGAAGGUCUCCGCCCUAUAAAAGAAGGUCACCUUCAACUGAUAGAAGAAGAUCAAGGUCCAGGGAAAGGAGAAGAACAAACUCCAUUGGAUCAGAUUACUAUGAUGAGUACAAUGGACGUCCUUCAGAUGAUAAACAUAGACAAUCCUUGGACCACGCUGACAAAAUUAAAAGGCAACAUGCCAAGGAGAUUGGAAAUGUAUGGGGUGCUAUGAUUUCUCACAACGAUACUAGGGUGGAACGUGUCAAAGGUGAUCCAAUAUUUUCAAAAAAGACACCUGAGUCUAAGGAAAUAGAAGAUGAAAUGCCUAAGCCUAAAACCCUUGCUCAGAAGAUCAGAUGUAAUGAACUUAUUACAGCGUAUGAUUUAAAUACAGAGACACAACGAUCUGUCCCUAAAACUAGGCAAGAAUUGAUAACCUUUGCUGAUUGGUUAAAGAUGGAAUAUGAAAUAAGUGACGAGGAAAUAGGUAAAUACCAGACUUAUAUAAGCUGUGUCCAAUUAGAUUCCAGAAUUGAUGAAAAUAGUAAAAACAAAAGAAAAACACUGAAAAAAAGAUUACGUGCAGAAAUGGCAACUGCACAAGAAUCUUUAAAAAUUGAGGAACAAGAUAAAUUAAACCCACAAAGAAUCGAUAGACCGUCCCGUAAUAUUGUCGUUAGCGGUGUUAAAGAACGACUUGAAAAUGUAAAAGAGGGUGAUAAACGUAUUGUUUGUGACAGUGGAGUUCAUCAGUUAUCUGAAAUAGAACAUCUUCAUCAGCCAUUUGAUAUAACUCGUCAGCAGCUUGUGUCAGAACUGGAAAUGGUUCGAUCAGCAUUGAAAAUGUCAUGGAAAACACCGAAAGGCAAAGUACCUGAUGUUGUCAAGAAUGAAUCUCUUGGUUUUGGAGAAGGUGAUUACGACCAUGAGUUUUUAAUGAGACAUGAUCUUCAGCAGUUAGAAGCAGAGAUUUUAAUGAGAAUAAAUCAUUUUGAGUUUCAUGGUGUACCAAACAGGAGAGUACCUGAAAUUCUUCUUACUAAAAAAGAAAAGAGCAUACAUUUUUCAGAAGAGGGUCUAUUUUUAGUAAUGACAGCAUCAAUCUCUCACAAGGCGUAUCAAAAUUUACUGUCGUUGAAGAAAAAGUUGGAACAAACCGAAGAAGCUGCUGCAGCACUGAACCCUGCUACCCACCAUGAAAGAAUUCUUAAACACUUACAAGAAAUAGAAGUUUUACAUCAGUCACGGAAGGCAGUCAUGCUUACUAUAGCAGGAUACCUUACAAAGAAGCGUUUUUCCAAGCUAUCUACCAGACUUAAGUACUACAAGAGAUGUAUUCACUACUUCAGUGACUUAAGAAAACCAGAACUAGUAUAUUUGAGGACUACUGUUGCUGAUGUUGAAGUUCAUUUGAAACUUGGUGAAAGACUUCUGCAAGAACAAGAAGGUGGGAAACCUAGAUCAAUGGCAUCUCGUUUUUCAUCAUUACUGACACAAUCCACUGUUUCUAGCCAAGUAUCAGGUGUGUCGUCUGCUGGACUGACCAAUGUAACACAAAGAACAUCAACCAAUAUACCAGCCAGCAGUGUUAAUAGGAAUGUGGAGGUAAAAGGAUCAGAACCACCUAGAAAUAUACCCUCUCAUACUUCCAGCCAGAAUACUCCCAGGAUUCCAGUCACUUCUACUCAGACUUUACCUACGCCAGUUCAUUCUGGAUUAUCUUCUGGAAAUUUACGACAGGUUCCUCUAGCUACGGCAAAUCAAACAAAUAAAGAAUCCUCUGUAAGUUUACAACAGAUUCCAAUUCCAACUAUCAAACAAACAUAUCAAGAGUCCAAACUUGUGGAUUCUAGAUUUAAAAGACAAAAUUCAAAUGAAAAAGUCAGUGAUCAGCCAAACCCUAGAUUUCAGAGACAGAACUCAAAUGAAUAUGUAAAUAGUCCAAGAACUGUUGAUCAGUCGUCUAAACUUGCUGGAGAGCAACAACAGUUGUCACGGGGACAGAACAAUCAAGACAAUACUGAACAGGGGAGGAAUGUGCAAUAUAAUCCUAGAUAUGGAUCAAUUGAAAAAGGGGAUCCAAAAGGAGAAUCUGCAGCCGUUUCAUCACCUUAUACCUUACCUCCUGCCAGAUACUUACAACAACCAGUACAGAAACCCCCUACAUGGGGCCCCAGGGAUACAAAUCAAUCAAGGUCACAAAAUGAUCAAAAAUUAGAAUCAGACUUGCUGACUGUCAAAAAUAAACUUCUACGAUUGUCACAACAGUUAAACCAUGAUCAGAGUGUUAGAAUGAGUGUUCAGUCUGUCUUACUGUCUGUGACAGAAGCUUUAGAUCUUCUGAGAGAGGAAUCGAGCAAUCUACCUAAAGUUAAAGACAUCAUUCUGGAAUGUUUAGCAAGAUAUAAUGCUGUCAAAGAAUUAAUGGAAGGUUAAAGGCUGAUGCAGAGAAAGAGAAAACAUGCUGGCAUUAUUUUGUUUCAUUGUGUUAUUUGUAUAGAUUUUCUAGAUGUGCAUUUGUUUUGAAAAAUUUAAUG